GCGGGCAGCCGCGUCCUGCAGCCCCGCGGCCAUGCCCAAGCGGGGCUGCCCUUUUCCGGACGCGGCGCCGCUGCAGCUCAAGCUGCGCGUGGGCCAGAGGGAGCUGGGCCGUGGCGUGUGCGCCGAGCGCUACUCCCGGGAGAUGAUCGAGAGGACCAAGCAGCUGCUCUUCCAGGGGGCCCAGGCCUACAUGGACCGCAUGUGGGGCGACGGCUGCGCCCUUGUGCACCUGCCCGAGCCCCCCAAGCCCGGCCCUGCUGCCAGGGGGCAGAUGCUGAUUGGACCCGACGGCCGCCUGCUCCGGAGCCAGACAGAGGCUGACCCAUCCAGGGUGGCCCCAGUGGCCUGCUCAUCAUGUGUACGUGCAGUGGACGGCAAGGCGGCAUGUGGCCAGUGCGAGCGGGCCCUGUGUGAGCAGUGUGUGCGAACCUGCUGGGGCUGCGGUGCCGUGGCCUGCAGCCUGUGUGGCCUCUUGGAGCUCGGCGAUGCAGGCGAGAAGGUGCUGUGUGGCAGCUGUACCAUGUUCGAGGCCUGAUGGCAGCGUGGGCGGGCUCUGUGUUUAUACUGUCAUGACACCAGCAAAUGAACUUUCUAUUUCU